GCCGGGAUUGCGCCGCCUGCAGGGACCUGCCCAGUCCUAACCCGGUGUGCGGGGAGCGCAGUCCGGGUGCGUAGGGGCCGCUUGGCGGGGGGCCGCGCGGGCAAGAUGGUAUGCGCUCGGGCGGCCCUCGGUCCCGUCGCGCUCUGGGCCGCGGCCUGGGGCGUUCUCCUGCUCACAGCCCCCGCGGGAGCGCAGCGUGGCCGGAAAAAGGUCGUGCACGUGCUGGAGGGUGAGUCCGGUUCGGUAGUGGUGCAGACAGCGCCGGGGCAGGUGGUAAGCCACCGGGGUGGCACUAUCGUCUUGCCCUGCCGCUACCACUACGAAGCAGCCGCCCACGGUCACGAUGGCGUCCGACUCAAGUGGACAAAAGUGGUGGACCCGCUGGCCUUCACCGACGUCUUUGUGGCACUGGGCCCCCAGCACCGGGCAUUCGGCAGCUACCGUGGGCGGGCUGAACUUCAGGGCGACGGGCCUGGGGACGCCUCCCUGGUCCUCCGAAAUGUCACGCUGCAAGACUAUGGGCGCUAUGAGUGCGAGGUCACCAAUGAGCUGGAAGACGACGCUGGCAUGGUCAAGCUGGACCUGGAAGGCGUGGUCUUUCCCUACCACCCCCGUGGAGGCCGAUACAAGCUGACCUUCGCGGAGGCGCAGCGCGCGUGCGCGGAGCAGGACGGCAUUCUGGCAUCUGCAGAGCAGCUGCAUGCGGCCUGGCGCGACGGCCUGGACUGGUGCAACGCAGGCUGGUUGCGCGACGGCUCAGUGCAGUACCCGGUGAGCCGGCCCCGGGAGCCCUGCGGCGGUCUGGGCGGGACCGGGAGCGCAGGGGCCGACGGUGGUGCCAACGGCGGCGUGCGCAAUUACGGCUAUCGCCAUAACGCCGAGGAACGCUACGACGCCUUCUGCUUCACGUCCAACCUGCCGGGGCGCGUGUUCUUCCUGAAGCCGCUGCGGCCGGUACCCUUCUCCGGAGCUGCGCGCGCGUGUGCUGCGCGUGGCGCGGCCGUGGCCAAGGUGGGGCAGCUGUUUGCCGCGUGGAAGCUGCAGCUGCUGGACCGCUGCACCGCGGGCUGGCUGGCUGAUGGCAGCGCGCGCUACCCCAUCGUGAACCCGCGCGCGCGCUGCGGAGGCCGCCGGCCUGGCGUGCGCAGCCUCGGCUUUCCGGACGGCACCCGACGACUCUUCGGCGUCUACUGCUACCGCGCGCCUGGCGCACCGGACCCAGCACCCGGCGGCUGGGGCUGGGGCUGGGCGGGUGGCGGCGGCUGGGCGGGGGGCGCGCGCGACCCUGCUGCCUGGAUCCCGCUGCGCGUCUAGGCUGGGAGCAGGCGGACUGCCAGGGCGCAUGACCACUGGUCUAGAGCCCUGCGGUCCCUUAGAGGCUGGCCACGCCCCUGAAGCUCUGGACACUGGCCACACAACCUGUGGUCCCUUACAAACUAACUGUGCCCCUGGGGUUUCUGGAGACUGGCUAAUCCGGCAGAACAGUACUUUGGAGUUCCCUGGAGCCCAGCCCUCACCUUUUCUGGACAGAGGAUUUUCCCCACUCCCCGACUUUCUCCAUAAGGGCCAUGCCCUAUGAGGCCACUAAGAGGCCAGCAGAGCCGCAGUCUCCGGAAGACUGGCCACACCUCCCGAGGCCACUUGGAAACAGACCAACCGCCCUCGUGGUCGCCUGGUGGCUGGACCCCCGGGAUUGACUGGAGACUGGCUGUACACCCUCUGCAUCUCACCGGAGACUGCACACUAGUCCCUUGUGGUCACGUGGACACUGGGCCUCCUCCUCCUCCUCCUCAGCUGGAGAGACUACAGGAGUUUCAGGGUCACUCCCCGUGGUCACAUGGAGGUUGUGAGCCGAGGCACUUAAUUUUCCCCUAUGGUGAUGUGAGUACUGGAGACUCCCAUUCUGCCCCUCUCCCUGAGAGUCCCCUGAAAUUUCCAGGUAACAGGGCACACCCUUCUAGUUUCAUGGGAGAGCACCUCCAUCUGCCACCUCAGACUGACACGCAGCCAGCUGGCUCAUUGACUGGGGGCCACGUUCCACCCCUCAGGUAUUUCUUUGAAGGGAGAGCAAACCGACCCUGCCCCCGACGCCCCCUUCCCGGACUGUCACCAAAGAGACCAUCUCCCCGGGCCCGGGGAUCUGGAGGUCCAUGUCGCUCGUUAUAGAGAGCAGCUGCUCUGGGUCCCACUGUUACCAAGGCAACUAGUCCUGCUGCUACCUGUCACCUAGAGUCACACACCCCUUCCUUCAUCAGUCACACCCAUGAAGAAGGUGCCUCCCUCCUCCAGCUGUAACCAUGGAUACCACACGUUUCUCAUCUCACUGGCCCCCACCCUGGAGCCCUACACCUCGACUUCUGGCUGCCCCUACCCUGACCCACCGUCAUAGAGAUCACCCUCCCCGAAGCUGUCCCCAGGGUGACCCAACAUCCGGUUCUACAGCUUUCACCAUGGAAACAAACUGUCCUUGUCUCCAGUCCCACUCCAGUUCCAGGCCGCCCUCUAAGCUCCGCCCCUGGGCAGUUUGGACCCCCACCGCCAUUGUCAUGGGAACCAAACUCUGGUGUCCCGGGUAACAGAACACCUGUCCCCCUAGGGUUUUCCUUGUCGACAACUGGGCCCUGCUCACCAAGCUGUAGCCAUAGAGACUGUCAAUGUCGUCUCCAUGACAACCAAACUUCCAGCUCUCAGGAACUUCUCAUUGCCGGCCAGACGUCCUGGGUGCCUCCUACUGGGGCUACCCUACUGCACCCCAUCAGGGGCCUGAUGGCUGCCCCUUCCCCAGACAGGGCUGGACUUCUGGAGCUGCUAAGCCACCCUCUGUUUGCACGUUAACUCUAUGCUGGAUAACAGCUGUGCACGAGACAAUGUUGCAACAUCCGGGCAUGUUUGUCACCGUCCUGCAGAUGAGGAAACCGAGGCUACGGCGUGCCCUGGCCCUUUGAGAUAUAUGCAAGCACUGAGCUCCUCAUUUGUCCUCUGAGACCCAAUCUCCAUUCUUACUGAGUUCCCCUCUCCUUCCCUGACCCCCACCCACAUUUGCCUCCUUAGAGAUCCAGAGGGAUGGAAUGUUCUUUCAACUUCAACAUUCACCAGGUUCUAAGUGGCGAUCUGUGCUAGGUCAAACUAGGUUUGCUAGGUUAACCCAGCCAAACUCCCCAGGGAUGAUGGGCAGCUCAGGCGACAUGAUCCAUGGACAAGGCCACCCCGGCCACGGGACACCCCCGUCCCAAGGUCUUGCCUGCAGGAGUACUGGGAUCUCUCCUGGGGCCCUCUUUACAGUCAUGUCAUCUCUAGGAAAUCCAUCUCUGAGUUUUGGGACCAGUUGGGUUUGGGUUUGAAUCCUGCCUCUUCUUGCUCACUGUGUGACCAAGUGACAAAAUCCUUCUGAACCUGUGUUCUCCCGCUGUACCAGGGCUGUUCUGUGGUCCCCGAGGGUGCCAAGCAUACAGUAGGGGCUCAAUAAAUCUUUGUUUCUUUUGAUGAAUGAGAAAA